GUCUCUUAUGACGACACACAGAACUUGUAGGUGAAGAGAGUUUUGUUUUGCUGUAAGCCAUGGAUAAUGUCAUUUCUUGAUAGAGAGCAUUAUUAUUUUUAAAUCAAUGGGGUUUUCACUCCCGUACAUGCUUCUUUCUGUUGUUUGUGUUAUUUUCAUUGUAUGGGCCCCUGUCACAGGUAAAAAUAAUGACACAAGCUGGUAUUUGGGCUGUUACUAUGGUAACUCACUUGGAUUUGCAGAUGGACAAUAUGAAGUUCUCAUUGGACAACUGGCAGGCCCUUCUGUUUGUUCAAAAAAGUGUCUUGAAAAGGGGUACUCGAUAAUGGCUUUGUCAGAAGAAAUGUGUUAUUGUGCCAACAAAUCUGGUAACUUCCUUUUAAACCAAAUUAGCAACAGCUCUGUUACACUUGAUGAAACUGCUCAUAAUGCUAGCAGUUCAGCCGCAAACAACUUUAACAUUGGAAAUAACACUGAUGUUUCAGCAUCUAAAAACUGUGUCAACAGAUGUUUUGAUUCCCUCUGCUUACCUCAUGGAAGUGAAUUGGACAGCUUGGCAGUGUACAGCACACUUGGUCCCUACAUUCGGAAUGUCAGUGUGACACUGGUGGCUGACAGAGUGCAGAUAGGGAAACCAUUCGUUAUUGAGGUGUCUGGAUACUUAGCUAGUCCUUUGGAACAGUCUGUAGGUGUGCAAGGUUUGAACCCAGAUAACUUUUCAUUACUUCAUCUUGUGAUAAACUGGACCCUUGGAGAGCACAGUGGUAUCAGUGUUACUGUACUGGAUAAUGGCUUCUUCACUGCUUCCCCAGUUUGGACUUUUACUGAACCUGGAAUCCAUCACAUAAACGCAUCUAUCAGCAAUCUUAUUUCUGUGGAGGAAUUCAGUGUUGACAUUGCUGCCCUGAUCCCGGCACCAGCUCUCCUGGAGGUUAAGGUGCACCAGACGCCAGAGCAGAUCCCGUCUUGUGUUACCUUCCCAGUGGGAACAGAUUCCCUUGAGAGGGUCUUCUUGGGUGACAGGUGCAUCUUUGAGGCCUUUGUGGCAAUGGGAAUCAAUUUGGAUUUUUACUGGCAUUUUACUGAUGACAGCAGCACCUACAACUCAGGGGCUGAUUGUUACCAACAGUCUGACUGCCUAAGCAACACUGUGAACCAUACAUUUGCAAAUGAAGGACUUUACAAAGUGAUUGUAAACGUUUCAAACGUCUAUAAUUGGAUUCAGAAAGUCAUCAGUGUGGCAGUUGUGCCAAGGGUCCUCUCUAACUUGACGUUUGACACAGACAGUGGGUAUGCAGUCGCAGUGGGGCAAAAUGUCACUCUGGAAAUGGAGCUCUUCACCACAGUACGCCAGCUUCUGAUCCUCCACGUCACCUUUGAGGCUGGCAUCAGCCACACCCACCAGCUCAGUGACAACUCCCCUGCCUUCCAGACCUUGAACCACCUACAGCUGGCGGAGAGCUAUGGUCGGCAGUACUGCUUCCUUCAUACCCAGGUCUUCCAUCAGUACAGCACUGUUGGCAGCUUUAACAUCUCAGUCGCUGUAUAUUUUGACAAGGGGGUAGUAAAUGCAACAUUACCCAAAGAAUUACGGGUUUACGAGCCCAUAAAGAAUGUCUUUCCGUCAGCGUUUGGGGACCAAGUUAUCCCUUCCAGAGUCAAUACUACCUUGUUGAUCAAUAGCUACGCGGAUAGGACUGGGUCUUCUGUCAGUUGGAACAUCAGAAAGGACAACUAUACUGUUGUUGAUAAAACCACUUCAGACUGGUCUCUGACACACGCUUUUCAAGACACAGGGUUUUAUAUACUGCAGGUUGUAGCAUCCAACCCUAUCAGUGACGCCUCGUUUAAGACUGAACUGGUGGUCCAGGAUGUUAUCUCAGGGUUGUCUAUUAGUAGGCUAAAUCCGGAGUGCAUACCUAGUGGUACCCUAGUCACUGUCAGUGCUAGUGUGGUCACUGGAUCAAACAUCACUUACACAUGGAGCUUUAACAUAAACUCAAGCAUUAUUACUGAUGGGUCACAAAGUGCCUCUUAUGUGUACAGUCAUCCAGGUGCUUAUUUGGUUACUGUGAAAGCGGAAAAUAAUGUAAGUACUGUCCUUAGUGAUGGCCUGGAAUUCACAGUUCAAGAUCCGGUCGGGGACUUUGUAGUUGACGUACCAGAUAUGGUGACCGUGAAUCAUGAUACAACAAUGUCUUUUGCUGUGCUGUCUGGGACUAACGUGACUCUGGAGGUUUUUACCAAUGGCACCCUUAUUUUCAACGACAGUAGCUAUGUGAAUGGGAAUCCAGUGAGCAUGGAUUUUGUUUUCAAUCAGAUGGGACCUUUGCAAGUUGUGGUUAGAGCCUCCAAUCGUGUGUCCUCUUUCAACAGUACUACAAUAACCCUUGUUGUCAAAGAGAUACAUGUGGUCACAAUAGAAACUCCACAGCAGCCAGUGCUAGGAGAGAGCAUCAUCCUAAUUGCUAGGGUUAAUGGACAUCUGUGGACAAAUGGAAGUUAUAUUUAUUACUGGACCCUGCCCCAGAACCAGACAGUUACAUCUGGUAGCCCUGUUAUUUCAUACUCCUGCAACUACACAGGUUCUCAGCUCAUCGGUGUUACAGUCACAAAUCUUGCAUCAAAUGCUUCCGCUGAACUGCUGCUGAAUAUUUCUGCAACUGGAGCUGGACCCAGAUUCACUCACCCUUCUACUAUUGCAACUGGGAAAAAAGCUAUUUUCUCACUACAGGGUUUUUAUUCAGAUGGAGACCGCUUAUUAGUGAAUUUUGGAGAUGGAAAUAUAACUACUGUUUUAUAUUCUACAACAUUGAACAACAGUGUCAACCACACCUAUGUUUGUGCUGGAAUCUACAUGGUGAAAGUGACCUCGAGGAGUGGAGUCACUGUGUCUUCAUUGAUUGCAGUUCAAGACCCGGUGAAAGGUCUUUUUUUAACAGGACCAGACAAACUCAGUCUGGCUGUCGAUCAGCUUGUUCCUUCUGUUGUGACGUGGACAGCCAAAGUCUCUAAUGGUACAAGCUACAUCUUCCACUGGACAUUUUCAAAUGGAACAGCGAAUGGCACCCUGAUAGGAACUGACAAGUUCUCCAUGGAGGUGAGUGCACCAGCACAACUAAGCAUCAGUGUGUCCGUGGAGAACGAAGUCAGUCAGCUUUCUGCCAACUUUGCCACAACGGUCCAAUAUCCAAUUCUUCAAGUCACCAUAACUGUAGCCCGGGCUGCUCUUGGGCAGCCAAGCAAUGUGGUUGUAGCAGUGACUCCAGCCCAGAACUACUCUAUUGACUUGGAUUUGGGUGAUGGGAAGGAUCUGCUUUCAUUCUCUCUUGAACAGCCACCGGAGCUCCACUGCUCAUCAGUACCUCUGUGCUCUUCAACAUUCCAAUUCCAACAUGUAUACUCUGCCAUUGGAGUUUAUUACCUGUCUGCCAGUGUGGCUAAUUCUGUCAGCUCUGCCACACAGACAGCAGAUGUUGUGGUGGAAGAGCCUAUUGCUGGUAUCCAGCUAGUCCUGAUGACUCCCAGUGUGAUCAGAAUCAGAGACUUCAUUAACGCCACAGUCUCUGUGCAGUCUGGCAGCGAGAUUACAUUUGAAUGGCUGGUUUCCUUUCCUUACCCAGGAAGUUACAAUCCAACUGAUCGCAAUACCCAUGUUAGUUCUAUGAGCUUCCAGCCUGAGAUCCCUGGAGUCUACCUGAUAUCCGUGAGGAUUUCCAGUCCUCUGUACAGCACCCCUUUCAUUAAGGGACUUCCAAGUCCAGUCAAAGUUCGCAGUCCAAUCAGUAACAUCCAAGCUACGUUUCCAUUUGACAUGAGCUACACAAAAAUGUAUCUCCAGCCAGACGGGAGGUAUGCCACUCAGGUCUUAGGUUUCAGUGUUCACACUUUCUCCGAAGAUGUCCAUUUUCUGUAUGAUUUUGGUGAUGGGUCGCCUGUAUCUUAUGUCCAGGGAAGCCCAGGAUUUUUUUUUGGAGUAGCUGCUUCGUGCUUACACCAAUUUACAAGAGAGGGUACAUACACAAUCAGUGUCACUGCAUAUAAUGAGUUCUACAAUGCUACUGAUGUGCUUGGCCCAUACUAUGUAGAAAUGCUGCCGGAAGGGUUGAAUUUAACUAUGAAUUCCAGCGUGAUUCAUAAAAAUGAAGUUAUUCUUUUUAAUGCAAGUCUAACAAGGGGAACACAUGUGACGUACACUUGGAACAUGGGAGAUCAAACUACUUAUGUUAAUAAAGGUCCGGUUGUACAUCACCAGUUUUUAACAGCAGGGGUCUACACUGUGAUAGUAAAUGCUCGAAACCGGGUGGGAAGUGUCAUAACCAACACCAGCGUGUCUGUCCUUUACAGAUUGCAGCCUGUUCAGAUUUAUACAGACAAACCCAUCUAUGCAGCAGAUACUGAUAUUACAUUUGAAGCUGUAACUUCAGAAACCGGCCUCUUGGAGUUUGUGUGGUACUUUGGGGAUAAAGCACCAGUAAGGACAACGUCUAAAAGUAUAAGCACAAGAUAUUACACCGCGGACAGGUACAAUGUGAUCGUCAAUGCAUCAAAUAGGCUGAGCUCAUUUACAUCUGACAUCUACCCCAUCACUAUCCAGAGAAAAGUCGAAGCCAACAGGCUUUUAUCUGAUGCAUCUGUUCUGGUGAACGCCAGUGUCGCCUUCGAUUGCAGAAUCAACUCUGGUACCAAUGUUACAUACCAGUGGAGCUUUGGGGAUGGCACCUACAAAACAGGCAGGAGCACCGAAUACCAUGUCUUUGACAGAAUGGGGGAGUUCACUGUGGAAGUUACAGUGUCCAACCUAGUCAGCUCUGUUUCACUUACUCGGCAGAUCUUUGCUGUGUAUGAGCCCUGUCAGCCGCCUCCUGUCAAAAACAUGGGUCCCCUUAAAGUGCAGGUCAGACGAAACCAGGAUCUGAAUCUCAGGGUGACGUUUGAAGCUGAUAUUAAGUGUAACAUUUCCCAAGGUUUACUCUACAGCUGGACCUUCUUUGAUUCAAAUGAUAUUCCAGUAGAACUUCCUCUAAUUAACACCAACAUGCAGAUUAUUUACAUCCCCAACAACUUUCUGGAAUAUGGCCGAUACACUGCUGUAGCCAGGGUCCAAAUUAAAGGGAAUGUGGUCUACAGUAACUACACUGUGCCCAUUGAGGUGAUUCCUACACCACCAAUCUGUGUGAUUGAUGGUGGUAACAAUAUAUUCAUCAGCAGCAGGAACAAUUCCCUAAUAACACUGAAUGGAGAAGGAUCUUUUGACCCGGACUAUCCAGAAAGUAUCUUGAGCUUUACUUGGGAUUGUGCUCCUGUCAGUGGAAUCGACUCGUCGUGCUUUGACUACAAUGUUUCCACCACCGCCUCCACAUUCACAAUUCCAGCCUUCAUCCUUAAAAGCAGAUUUGACCAGUUUCAGUUUACGCUAACAGUCCAGAGCGGAGAUCGCUCUUCUGCAGCAGAAGUGUUUGUGACCAUCCAAGAGAGUUUACUAAAGACAAUAAAUGUGUUUUGCUAUCAGUGCAUAGGAAACACCGUUAAUUGGAAUGAACCAUUUUCAGUCGAAGCUAAAUGUGAGACAUGUGAAAACAUCUUAGACCUUUCUUUUGCCUGGAACUUGUAUUUAGUGAAUGCCUCUAAUGAAGACAGCACUGAAGUCCCAUUUUGCAAAUCACUCGAUGUCGGUGGCUCUUCAAGUUUAUUCAUCGGCCCUUCACAUGGAGGAAAUGAUCAAGCUACCCAAGCACCCCCAAUCACUGUGUCUCCUUCUACUUAUCCUGCUACAUCUUCCAAUGCUUUUUCUGUCACUAUAGCUUCUCCAACUUCCAUGUCUCCUAACCCUGCUAAUGAUACAGGUACACUUACUACUACUGCCACCACCACUAAAAGUGCCUCCCUAAACCCUGCUGCUCUUACCCCUAAUAAUACUGCACCAUUUUCAAACAACUCCACAAAUACUUCAGUACACCAAUUCAUCACAGGUACUACCACUGCUGAGCAGCCACCCCCCACCAGUAACGAAGACCCUCCCUUCCCCCCCUUUCUUUUUCCUGUGGAGGGACCUGCCUCGGGAGGGAGAACGCGACGAAGGAGAUCAACAUCUAAAACCAUCACAUCACGUGAGGGGGUCCUCUCUGCAGGGUCUUCCGGGAGCUCUGAGGGAACUAUUUUUGAUCUAAUACCAACGCCAGGCCCCCCUGUUUCAGUCAAUAACUCUGUCUCCAGUGGCACAGUGGUUGGAGGAGGAGAGGGCAGCAGUGCUGUUAAUCAAACCCUUGGCUCUAACAACACUGAGCUUACAGACUUUGACACGCACUACAAUGGAAUCCAAGAAGGAGGAGUGGCCUCAGGAUCAUUCUCAGGUGGCAGACCGCCAGGAAGUGACUCUGGAAUUUCUGAAGGGGGAGGUACAGCGAGCGGCGGAACAGCCAAUGGUGGAACAACGGGUGGUGGGUCGAGCAGUGGCGAUGGCAGUAAUCUCGUUGAUAAUUCUAAUUCUGUUGUGGUGCCACCCCCUGCUACCUUGCUGGACUUAAACAGAGGGAAGAUUGACAACGGCAUCUUCAAAACCUAUACCUCUUCAGGUAUAUCUUCAUUCUUUGUAACAUUUAAGCCAUUUAUGCUGCAACCCAGAAUGCUUUACAUGCUGGAGGUUUCUGCAAAAUCCAACCAUCAGAUCCUGGGUAAAAGUCAGUUAUUCUUCUCUACAAAUGAAGUUCCAAAAGGCAUGACCUGCCAGGUGCAGCCGAACAGAGGAUACGAGAUCAGCACUGACUUUAGCAUAUUUUGCACUUCAGGGAAGGAGGAUCUCCUGUAUCAGUACAGUUUCAGCAUAGGAAACUCUUCUCGAAAGCUUCUAUAUGAAGGACGAGAUGUCCAGUAUUACUUCAACCUUCCUGCUGGAGAUCCAUCUGAUGGCUAUAAAGUUACCAUCUACACUGAGAUUAGUAAUAGAUUUGGUGCAAGAACCAAACCAUGCCCAGUAAGGGUGACCGUCUUGCCCAGUUUCCAGAGAAACCUGUCCUCCAGCUACAACCCUGAUGAAGAACUAUAUAUUGAUGGCCUAAAAAACCUUUCAAGGCUUUUGCUCAUGGGAAGUGACCUGGAGAUUCGAAAUUAUGUCAUUUUGUUGACCAAUGUUCUGAACCGCCUGAGUUUGGAGCCUGGCGCCACAGUAGAGCUGCUGACACAAACAAGGAGUGCCUUAAUCGCUUCAGUGUGUGGACUCCAACUCACUCACCAGGGAGCACUGAUUGAUAAGCUGUAUAUGCUUAAUGAUUUAAUGGAGGUUAAAGAGCAGAUAACCUUCAACAGUGCAAAGCUUGUCACAGGUCAUGUCAAUGAUCUAUCACAGCGCUUCCAGGAGCCUUUUACCCCAGAUAGCUAUUUUUUGGAUGAAUGGACAGUAAGGAUCCUGGUGAGUCUGCUGUCGAAUGCCAUUGAAGUCCCUGACAACACCACUGAAGAGGGCAUAGAGUUCAUCGCUGAUGGGAUAAGGACGACUAGAGAGCUGCUGCUGAAAUUUGUGGUUUUUCUAAAUCACACCCAGUUUAAUGUAAACACCAGUCUAAUGGAGCUCCAGACUACUCAACACUACAGCUUUCAGAAUUCAGUGGAGAGUGCCGGCUCCACCAGAUUCUACCUUCCUGACAUUUUAAACAAGCACAUAACUGCACAGACUGACAGGAACAGCACUUGCUAUAUCAGUCAGCUUGUGUUCUUCAAGCAAAACCUUUACUUCUGGGGAACAGCACCUGUUAAGAUCAACGGGGAUGUUGCUGACCUGUCACUGUAUAACUGCAUCACCAGAAGAAAGAUCAACAUUAAAGGGCUUACAGAACCAGUCAAUGUUGAGUUUGAAAAGACAUACAGAAAUGAAAGCAAGUCAAAGUUUUCACUGUUUCGGAAUAAAAUGAACAUUCACAAUUUUGAUGUGACUUCUGAAAACCUGAUGGAGGCUCUACAAAUUACACUGGAUUUCACCAGGCCAGCUGAGAAAGUCUUUCCCAUCAUGCUGCUGCUAAGGAUGCUUGAGAAGCCAACUCCUAGUGUCUACAACAUUCAGCAAAUUCACAGCUGGGAGAGUAAUACGGCUCAGAUUGUCCUACCUGCGGGUUCAUUAAAAGACACAGGCAGUUAUUACCUUGCCCUCCUCAAUGCUGAUUACAACAGAACAGCCAGAAACAAGUACAUUGCCAGUGCUGUGAACUACACCAUAACUAUCCAGUGGACCCAGUGUCUGUACUGGGAUGACAUCAAACAGUGGAAAUCAGAUGGCUGCUCUCCUGUGCAAGGCUUGUCCUCAAAUAAAGUUAACUGCAGUUGCAACCACUUAACAACGUUCACAAUGGUAAACCGGCAAAUAAGUAGCAACUAUGAUUUUACAGAUGUGUCUCAGUUUAUUAGCCUCAUUAACAACUUGGUCCCAUGCAUGGUGAUCUUCUUCAUCCUGCUCAUCUACAUCCUCCUGGUCAUUGCCUGCAAGCAAGCCGAUCUGUACAGCGAAAAAAAGACUGGUUCCGUCCUCCUCCAGGACAACAACCCUUCUGACCAGCAGCUGUACUCAAUCAUCAUCGACACAGGCUUCCGGUCUAGGGCAGGCACUACAGCCAAGGUUCAUAUUGUUUUACAUGGUGAGGAUGGUGUCUCGGAGACCAGGGAAUUGGACUGCCCUGAUAAACCAUUAUUCAGCAGAAAUUCCAGACACACAUUCAUCUUAAGUACUCCAGACAGCCUGGGCCCCUUAUGGAAAGUCCAUCUGUGGCACAACAAUGGCGGCCAGUCUCCAAGCUGGUACGUCAGCCAUGUGAUUGUCAAGGACCUGGUGACUGGCAUGAGCUGGUUCUUCCCAGCUGAGUGCUGGCUGGCAGUGGAUGAGGGUGAUGGGAAAGUGGAGCGAGAGCUGACCUCCCUCAGCCAUGGCCCUGGGUUCAAAAAGCUCCUUUACUGUAAGCUGACGGAAUAUUUGGAGGAUUUUCACUUUUGGGCUUCUGUGUACAGCCGUCCUUCUCACAGCCAGUUCUCCCACACCCAGCGCCUCACGCUAUGCCUUAUACUGCUGCUGGGCUAUAUGCUCCUCAGUACUGUGCUCAUUUACGUGAAGGAUGAUGAGUUUACAGCUGAGUUGGGUCUCAUUGACAUCUCUGCCGUCUCCCUGGUAACGGGUAUCUUUAGUACUCUUGCUGUGCUACCAUUCGGAGUUCUGUUGUCACUGCUGUUCCGAUUCAGCAAGGUAACAAUCAAACAAGAUACAUCAGCAGAACAGAACAAGUCUACAAAAGCAUCUUAUGUCUACUCUGUGGAAGCUCACCGGGAUGCCCUGCUGUCAGAGGACAGUACUUUUGAAUCUUAUAUAUCGUGGCAAAAUCUGCAACGCUGGGCACAAGAAACGUGGCAGAAAAAGCAUGAGCGGGGCCUGGAAUCCCGCAGUCCCAUUAUUGUCUCAGAGCAGGACAGCCAGUCGAACAGUAAGAAGGAAGGCACGUGUGCUUCUGAUUGCAGCUCCAGCGGCUUUGAGGACUGCAGCUCUCAAGAGAACAGCAAAGUCCCACCCAAGUGCUUUGAGCACAGCACCAGUGACCUUCGCUCAGACAGCUCAUUGGAUCGCAGUCUCUAUGAACACCACCAGGUUUUCGGAAGCAGUACAAUUGUACUUCCCUUUUGGUGUCGUUACCUGGCAUGGGCAGCCUGUUUGUUGCUUGCUAUAGUCUGUAUUGUGGUCACUGUCCUGCUGGGACUUAAGUUUAGUGGUACAAAAAGUCUUCUGUGGAUUCAUUCUUUGUUUUUCUCCCUGCUGUUUUGCAUUUUUGUUGUACAGCCUUUAGUGAUUUUUAUAUUAGCAUCUGUGGUAUCAUUGAGGUACAAGGAACGCAGUGACUUUUAUACAGGCUGCCUGGAAACUGGGCCUGUUCUCGAAGCUGUGAAACCCUGGAGCUCGAAUGGAGGCUCUGAAAACUAUAGCCACAGUGUACACCAGGAACAGCCUACAGAUUUUGACAGGAUCAUAGCUGCGCGCCAGAGGGCACGCUACCUCCGCCUUGUUCGUCCUCCCACUCCAGCACAGCUGAAGGAAGCCAGAGAUAGGAUAAGGAAAGAAGGCUUGAUACAGCACACUCUGAGGGAGUUUGUGCUUUACAUCGUCAUGUUGCUGCUGCUCAUGUUUGUAACCUAUGGAAAAUUCUCCAAUGACCAAUACCUUCUGAAUCAGGCCGUCAGGACUGAGUUCACCAAGAAUCCGAAGAAACUGCUUUCUGAAGUGAAAACAGCUGAGGAUUGGUGGAGCUGGAGCAUGACCGCUUUAUUAGAGGGUCUGUAUUGGGACACCUGGUAUAACAAUGCUUCUGCAAGUGCCAAGGCGGGUCCCCUUAAAGGAACAUGUAGUCUGAUUGGUGAACCGAUGCUUCAGAAAAUACAAGUUAUAAAUAACACUGGCUGCACGAUUCCCAGCAUGUUUACUGGCCUGAUCACAGACUGUGUGCCUCCUUACAGGCCUGAAGUCCAUGAUCCAGGCAGCAAAGAGACCUCUGACAGCCAGACUGACACAGUAAGGGUCCAUUUGUGUGGUCAAAUAGAGUGCUACGAUGGAAAAGUAACUACUGUCAAACUGGGCAGAAUAAGAUCUGAAGCGUACCGCACGCUGUUGCAGUUGAGUGCUGACAGGUGGCUUGACAGAAGCACCAGAGCAGUGGUGGUGGAGUUCACGCUCUACAACCCUCCCUCCAACCUCUUCACCACUGUCUCCCUGCUGGCUGAGACCCCACCAACAGGGGGUGUCAUUCCUUCAGCAUACAUUGAGUCAGUCAGCAUUUAUCAUGUCUCCUCUGUCCUAGAUUACUUCAUCAUGGCCUUUGAGCUCAUUUUCCUGGCUUUGAUUCUUCUUCACCUUUACUUCCAAGUCUGUGCAAUGAUUCAGAAGGGGUUGCUGGUUUACUGGCAGGAACCAUGGAAUUGGCUUGAGGUGACCAUCAUUAUCAUCAGUCUGUUUUACUACACCUAUUACAUGUAUCACUUUGUGCUGGCUAUGGAAAUAAUAGAUUACCUACAGAGGGGAAACUUCAAAGCAUUUGUGGAUCUGAGUUUAAUCUCAUCCUGGGACCAGCUUACACGUUGUCUCCAUGGAGUGAUCAUAUUCCUUCUGUUACUGAAAUGCAUUCGCCUCCUGAGGAUUAAUAAAGUCAUCAGCCCCUGUGUGACAAUGCUGCGUCUUUCCUGCUCCAGCAUAACACUACCAGUGGUGGCUGGCAUUAUUUUCAUGAUUGCCUAUUCCUGCCUCGGGAACCUCUUGUUCUUAUCCACAUCUCAUCCAUUCAGUACUAUUGUGAGGUCCUUCCAGACUGUCCUCAUGCACUUCAUGGGAGUGAGCGAGCUUCAGACCCUGUCUUCCAUGUACAAAACCAACCAACUCUCCAUUGCAAUAUACUAUGGGACCUUUUUCUUCAUAUUGUCUGUCCUCUGGAUAGGAAUGAUUGCUGGGGUUCUCACGUCAUUGGCCCAAGACUCAAAGAAGUCUUCCAGAAGCAAACACCUGGUCACUCUCACAGAGGUUGUGAUCUAUACUCGUGAAAAGUUUCUUGCUUUCAUCGGGAGAAAAAGGCAGAACUCGCCAGACAGCCCCACAACAGGUGGCAGUAACUUUUACUUGGAUGAAUUUGAGACUCUCAUGGAUGAGCUUCUGUUCCGACUCAAUGCUUUUUCAAAUAGCCUGCACCGUUCUCUACCAGCCAAACAGAGAAACUACCUGGGUGACGAAAGCCCUCUGAUAUCCCAGUCUGAUUAUUAUUACAGUCCAGGCUCAGAGAGCGCAUCUGUGAAUGAAGACAGUGUUGGAAAGAAGGUUUAUAAAAUUGAGCAGAAGCUGUUCAAAAACAACCCAGAGAUGUAUAAUCUUUUAAUGUCCACCAAAGAGAAUGACUUAGCUAGUCAGAGACCUCUGAGAUCACAGCUUGAAACUGAAACAUUUCACCAUCUGCAUCUGAAAAACCAUGGCAGCCCAUCAGCGACAUCUGUAGACAAUUCUGAGAACUGCAAGUCCAGCCAUACCCACUCCCAAGAUAAGCCCAGUGUUACUCUUCCUGGAAGUACAAAUCCAUCAAGUGAGUCCUGCGCUUCAAUGUCAGAUUCCUGUAGUUUGCCAGAGCAAUGCAGCACUUGCCAGACAAAUUGUGCAGUAAACCCAGAUCACUAUAACCUUGCGAAACUCGGAGACGAUUUACCCCACGUACUGUGCGGGACCAAGUGUCCCGAGAAGCUGGCUGCACAGUCAAUCGAAAGCAGGACGAGCCACCAGCAGCGGUCCACGUCUGCCAGUCUGUCCAGCAGGAGCCGCAAACCUCUUAAACGAUCACACACCACCAUCAUCAAGCCCUUAGAGUGCCCCAUUGAGGUCACAGGCAGCGGGGCUGGCAAUAAUGAUGAGGAUGGUGAUGUCAGUGAAGAGAAAACCUCCAUAUCUGCUAAAGAGACAAUGGAUCAGCCAACCAAGCUGUCAAGCCCUGAGCGAUCGUCACAGCACAGCAACACCAAAGGUCAGAGAUCAGGGCCAAAAGUGCAGGAAGGGUCCAACAUGAAAAAGGAUAAGCAAAAAAAACCAAAGAAAGCUGAUUGCCACUUUUUGAUUCCCGAGGACGUACAAGAUUCAGAUCUGCAGAAUGAGCUCCCUGUUCUACCGGAGUCACUAAGACAGUGCUGGUGACUUUAUGUUUCUAUGGUCUUCCCCUAACAUGCCAGUAGACAGGUGACCAAAUAUCUUUGCCUUUUUGCAUAAUCUGUGCAUUACAGUAACCAAAGGGAGAGAGCAGUAGAGCUCAUUUAUUCUACCCACAUAAGUCAUGUACUGCAGCUAUCUGUACAAAUGAUGACCUUUUUAUUUAGAAUGGAAUGGAUUGAAACUUGAUUUGGGCAUAAUCACAAUGUAAUCUAUUUACAAAAUAUUGUCCAAACAAACAUUUUGGUAUUCUCCCGCUGAACACAAUGAAUAAAGGGAAUGUUAAAACAGAGGGUGGUACAGGUAGAUAUUCUGGGACAAGUGCCUAAACCAGGGGUGGCUGAACACAGAUCUGGAGGCAAACUGUGACCAUCUUGAUCUUCCUGGCUGCUUUAAUUGGCAGCCUGUCAUUCACUAGCUUAUUGUUUUAAGAUACUCCAUAUGAAUGAUAUAUAUUGUAUAUUAAACAACCACCAGACUCAAGAGUUUUAAAAGUCAUUCAUUUAUAAAUAUCAUUUAAGUAUUGCCCAUUUGGACAAGCUUUCCGGCACAGUAAGAGAAAAAGGGGUUUUAUAUAUUGUUAUUGCUUUCUAACAGUUAACAUUAGAAGUUAUGCAGCACAGCAACUCCAGAUACAGAUACAAGGAGUUUCAUGCUUUAAAAAUAUAAUAAAAAAUGUGUUCUACCUAUUCUAACAAUAAUAUAAUAAGCAAAGUAUAUAUUUUUCAUUUAAUAUUAUUAUUCCCUUACAUGUUUUAUAAUUUGCAGUUUCUAGAAGGAUUUGUGUGCAUUAUAUUGAUUUGUGUGUUCUCAUCAAUUCAGUUAAACAGUGUUGUUUUAUAGCUCGUAGUGAUGCACUCUUUAUUAAAUUUGAUUUUAAUUUGAUUUGGUAUUUUAACAGUUUUAUUA